AUACGGCAGUCCGGAGGACAACUCGUGCCUUGAGGUGUGUCCCUACGCACACACACCGCACCACGUGCAGCGGCUGACGAUCACCAACCAACACAUCAGAUGUGUGCGCAUGUGUCUUAACUUCAUCCACUUCGGGUGCAAUGAGAGUGAAUGCCCGCUAUACCAUCCAGCUCCAGAAAGCAUACUACCGCUACAGAACCAAGUGCCGCGACCACACCUUCCCUCAGACAGUGAGGAGGUAAACGAUAACACUAUCCCGUCACGUGACGAAAUAAGCGCUGUGUCACAUGCACCCAAUGGAACACAGCCGACGCAUGCCAACCAGCAGUCGCCAGAAACCCAAGAAACCCAAGAAAUUCAACCAUUGUCUAGCCACCACAAGGUAGACACCAGUCAACAAUCGUUUCCCCUGCCCCACACGGUGGGUGAAGCGCAGAGGUGUGGCGACGGCCCACUCAGUGAACAGACGGAAGCACCCGAACACGCGCCUGGGCACGUGCAUAGCAACCACCCACACACCGACUAUAGCGCAGUGGACUUAUCCACCUUCCCUCGCCGAUCCCGCAGAAGCA